GUGGAAGAAGAGGCGGCGGCGGCGGGGCUGGGGCGCCUGGGAACGCGAACGGGGAUGGUAGGUGAUUUGGACCCGCCGGGCCGCCGUCGUUUCCAGAGCGGGUUUGACUGGAGGAACCCCUGGAGCAGCUGUUGGCUGACUCCUCUGGCUGAUGGCAUGUUGAGGCACAUGGGCCAGAGGCUGCAGGGGCAUCCAGUCCAGGGGGGGCCACUCUAGAGGUCAGGCCAUCAGCACCAUGGGCCAGUGUGUCACCAAGUGCAAGAAUCCCUCAUCGACCCUGGGCAGCAAGAAUGGAGACCGUGACCCCAGCAGCAAGUCACACAGCAGGCGGGGUGCAGGCCACCGUGAGGAGCAGCCGCCAGCCUGUGGCAAGCCGGGUGGGGAUAUCCUCGUCAAUGGGACCAAGAAGGCAGAGACCACCACCGAGUCCUGCCAGCUGCCAACAUCCUCAGGAGAUGCUGGGAGGGAGCCCAAGUCCAAUGCCGAGGAGUCUUCCUUGCAGAGGUUGGAAGAACUGUUCAGGCGCUACAAGGACGAGCGGGAGGAUGCGAUUUUGGAGGAAGGCAUGGAGCGCUUUUGCAAUGACCUGUGUGUCGACCCCACGGAAUUUCGAGUGCUGCUCUUGGCUUGGAAGUUCCAGGCUGCUACCAUGUGCAAAUUCACCAGGAAGGAGUUUUUUGAUGGCUGCAAAGCAAUAAGUGCAGACAGCAUUGACGGGAUCUGUGCACGGUUCCCUAGCCUCUUAACAGAAGCCAAACAAGAGGACAAAUUCAAGGAUCUCUACCGGUUUACAUUUCAGUUUGGCCUGGACUCUGAAGAAGGGCAGCGGUCACUGCAUCGGGAAAUAGCCAUCGCCCUGUGGAAACUAGUCUUUACCCAGAACAGUCCCCCAGUAUUGGACCAGUGGCUAAACUUCCUAACAGAGAACCCCUCGGGGGUCAAGGGCAUCUCCCGGGACACUUGGAACAUGUUUCUUAACUUCACUCAGGUGAUUGGUCCUGACCUCAGCAACUACAGCGAAGACGAGGCCUGGCCAAGUCUGUUCGAUACCUUUGUGGAGUGGGAAAUGGAGCGGAGGAAAAGAGAAGGGGAAGGGAGAGGCACACUCAGCUCAGGGACCGAGGGCUUGUGUCCCGAGGAGCAGACUUAGUGGCUCUGUCCCAGGAGCAGCAGCCAGGAUCUGCCCGCUGCCCUGCAGCCAACCGGAGUUGGACCUUUCUGGAAAUUACUGAAGAUCCGGAUAUUUUCUACUUUACACCUUUCUCUGCCUUGUAUCUGAAAGGGCUCUAAAAUGCUGUAUCAUGUUUUAGGCACUUUCUUCACUUUUUGGUUAUUUUGGUUAUUUCUUUUUUUUGGGGGGUCCCCCAAAAUAUUUGAACCUAGCUACAUGUUGUGUAUCUUUUUUUUUUUUUUUUUUUGAAGCCUCCAGAUAGAAUAAGCCUGCCAUUUCUUGCACAAAUUAGACUUUUUUUUUUGUGAGGGAGGGUGUAGAGCAGGGAGGGGGGAUGGGACGCUUAGGUUGAAUUAACAUUACAAAAUGAUACAGUGCCAGAUCUCAAGUUUUGCAUAUUGUUUUUCAGGGCAGGUCUGUACUGUGUGUAGUGCUGUUUACAUGGUUGAAUUUAGGUUGUAAUAAUUAUUUUUAAAGAUUUACACAGAGUUGAAUAGCAGUGUUAACUGUUAACCACAUUGCAUUAAUUUCCAGGCGACUGAAAGCUCUUGGAGAGCCAAGGCCAGCCAAGAGUGUUGGUAGUCUGGUGACGACCCCCUUUUAAGCUAAUUUAUCAGAAACCCUUAUUUUCUUCACUUCUUGCUCAUUCCUUCUUAGAUCUUUUGCAUUUCGUGUUGAGUUUAUCCAUCAACAUGCUGCACCUGUCAGUCAAGUGAGCAGUUUUUUUAGAACACGUUGUACUGAGAACCACUUAAGCAUUGAAUGCAGAGAAAGCAGUGCUACCUCAGUUUUGCUGGAAGUAGACUUUGAUAAUUUUCUUUCUUUGAUGAAUUCUCUGUAUUUUCAUGUUGUGAAAAUACUUUUUUUUUUUUUAUUUUUUUCAUUUGCCUUGGAGCCAAAGUUUCUGUUCCUGGUGGUCGGAGAACUGUGCCUCCCGACCCACUGACUUGAAGGAAAACUGUGGUAUGGAGCUCUGCUUGAAGUUUUUUUGUUUUGUUUUGUUUUGUUUUGAAAUUUUUUCUUUGAGUAUCAUCAGCUUACUUGUCUGGCAAGUGCAGAAGCCUGGGGUUGGCCUGAACUCUGCCAAACAAAUACAGAAGUGUAUUUAAUAGUUAAACGUGUGCCCUUUUCCCUUCUUGCUGCACCCAUGUUGUCACUUAACCCCCAGGAGUUAUUUAUUAUCUUCUUUGUUAAUGUCAGGCUCAUUUGGGGUACUGUGAUGACUGUUUAGGUUUACAUGACCCUCUCCUCCUUUCCCUGCCCCCAAAUGUGUAUAUAUACAUAUAUAAGAUAUGUAUAUAUUUUACCUAUAUAAAAUAUAUAUAUACACAUAUAUGUAUCUAUAUUCCUUUGUUUCUUUGCCUGCUUAAACUGGCCAUAAAAGAGGGAGCUGCCUUCAAUAUAUAAAGUAUAAGAAGAGUGCCAGGGAAUGUCACAGUGGAGGCUUUUGCAUCUGAAUUUGGACCAUUUCCACUAAAGAGAAGAUGAAUUUUAUCAGGGCUUUCCUCAAAAGAGGGAGGCCUGGUCCCCAGACUCCUGCGCGCUCACUCCACAGGCCUGCUCUGGCCGAACUGCCGCACGUGAGCUGAUUCUAGUCCUACCUGCUUUCAGUGGAGGGUCCUCUUGUUAUUUUUCCAUUUAAAGAAAUAUGUCCUCAAAAACUGUA